CACAACAUUGACUCAAAAUUUUCAAAUCCUCCUAGCUGCACAACCAAUUAGUCAUGGCAGAUAGCAGCAGCAACAGCAACAACAAAAGCAACUCCCUCAUCCACCACACCACAACCCCAAAGGGUGGUUGGCAUGCUGCCAUCUUCAUCAUAUUUGUGGAAUUUGCAGAGAGAUUUGCAUAUCAGGGGUUGGCUGGGAAUCUCAUCACAUAUCUCACAAAUGUUCUGAAUGAACCAAUCACAACAGCUGCAAAAAAUGUCAACACAUGGGUUGGUGUUUCUUCUCUCUUUCCUUUGCUUGGUGGCUUCAUUGCUGAUUCCUAUCUGGGUCGCUUCAACACCAUACUCUUGUCUUCCCUCGUUUAUCUCUUGGGCAUGAUUUUCUUGACACUAUCUGUGUCGGCACUUAAGCACAAAACGCUUUUCUUCGUGGCCCUUUACGUGCUAUCCAUCGGCGACGGAGGCCACAAGCCAUGCGUUCAAACCUUCGCCGCCGAUCAAUUCGACGACGACACGCCGGAGGAGAAGGAUGCCAAGAGUUCAUUCUUCAAUUGGUGGUACUUGGGGAUUGUGGCUGGUUCUACUGCUGCUGUAUUUGUAGUGAUAUAUCUUCAGGACAAUGUAGGGUGGGGAGUGGGGUUGGGAGUGCUGGCAGCAGUGUUGGCUUUGGCAUUGGCACUCUUCUUGUUGGGAAUCAAAAGGUAUAGAAAGGAAAGCCCUGCAGGGAGCCCAUUAACUAGGCUGGCCCAAGUUUUUGUUGCUGCUGCUCGUAAGUGGCGCGUGCAAGACACGCCCGGUCAUAACAAUUAUUGCUAUGAUGAGGAAAAUCAUGAUGAGCCCCAUCGUCUCCAUGUUCCACCCAAAUUCCACACUUUGCAACAAACUCAUCAGUGUAGAUUUCUGGACAAGGCAAUCAUCAUUGAUGAGAUUGAUGCAUCAAGAAAAAUCAGAGAUCCUUGGAGGCUAUGUACAGUGACACAAGUUGAAGAAGCAAAGCUUGUAAUUCGCCUAAUCCCAAUAUGGCUAAGCUGUUUGAUGUUCACUGUUGUUCAAGCUCAAGUACACACAUAUUUCACUAAGCAAGGUAGCACAUUGAUCCGUUCCAUAGGACCACACUUUCAAAUCCCUCCAGCAUCACUUCAAGGCCUUGUUGGAAUCACAAUCCUUUUUGCUGUUCCAAUCUAUGACCGGGUUUUUGUGCCACUAGCUAGAAGAUUCACAGGGCACCACACUGGUAUAACAGUGUUGCAGAGGAUUGGGGUUGGUCUAUUUUUGUCCAUACUCAGCAUGAUUGUGUCAGCUCUUGUUGAGGCCAAAAGGGUUGGUGUUGCUAGAGACCAUGGUCUAAUAGAUGAUCCUAAAGCAGUGUUACCAAUGAGCGUUUGGUGGCUACUUCCUCAGUAUAUGAUUAUUGGGGUUGCUGAUUCAUUCACAAUUGUUGGGCUACAAGAGUUGUUCUAUGAUCAAAUGCCAGAGGCAUUGAGAAGCUUGGGAGCUGCAGCAUAUAUAAGCAUAGUAGGAGUUGGAAGCUUUGUUAGUAAUGCUAUUAUAGCUAUUUUGGAGGCAAUCACUUCAAGAGCUGGUGGGAAAUGGUUAGGAAACAACCUUAAUAGAGCACAUCUUGAUUACUUUUACUGGGUUUUGGCUUUGUUAAGUGCUGUAAAUUUGUGUGUGUAUCUUUGGAUCGCUAAGGGUUAUGUGUACAAAAAGGUAGAUGGGGGUGAAACAAGUAAUCAACAGGGUUCUAACCUCAACAAAUUCCGUCAUGGGGUGUAACGAGAGAGAAAAAAAAAGUUUGACUUUAGCUAUAGCUAAUGUCAUCAAUACCAAAAAGCAAGAUGAGUAUUGAUUAUGAUAGACAUUGUAAUUCCAAUAACUACUAGCUAGUUGUUACGCGGAUUUCAAUCUGAGUGAAUUCAGUGAAUGAUAUAUGUAUAUGCUU